CUAAUACAUAACAACGUGAACGAACCAAGAAAUGUCUGGCAACAUACCUCUUCCUGGUUUCGCUAUGCCGGGUGAGGAGAGGAACAUCCAUCCUUAUUUUCCCGCCGAAACGGAACAUUACUACGGCGAUAUGGAGGGUGGGGCGGGGAGAAUCAAUCCUUAUUUUCCCGCCGAAACGGAACAUUACUACGGCGCCCCUUAUGACGAACUACGAGAGAGCGCAACAUUUUCCCCAGACAAGACAAGCAGCGGCUGCUUUGGUUGGGUCCGAAGAUGCUUGUGCCUCACAAACGAUCCGGACAUCGACGAAGAUUUUUAUGACCUGAGACACCCAGAAGUGACGGGAGAAGGCACGAAUCACUCCCGAGACUGGUCCACCUGCGGCUGCUUCGAGUGGAUAAGAAGAUGGGUACGCGAGAAGAUGAGAACAAACCGCGACGGCCACAGCACACCCAAAGUCGAGGGUGAUAGCUCAGCGACUGGACACGGUGAACGUGCAUCAAGCAACGAGUGGGACAGAGCAGCAACCGACGAAGGAGAGAACAUGUCCAAGGUCGAGGGUCACAGUACAGCGAACGCCGACAACGACAGUCCAGUGACCGCCGCCGACAGUCCAGCGACAGCCGUCGACGACAACCCAGAGGCAGUCGCCGGAGAAGGACCAUGCAAUGGCGAGUGUGACGGCCCAGCGAUAGCCGAGGACCACAGCCCAGGCACAAACGACAGCGAAAGACCACAGAGAAGCCUUUGCGAGGGGUACAGCACACCCAACGUCGAGGGUGAUAUCUCAGCGACUGUCCAUGGCGAAAGCGCAGCAAGCGGCGAGUGUGACACAGCAGCGAACGACGACGGAGGGAACAUGUCCCAGGGCGAGUGUGACUGCCCAGCGAACGCCGAAGGCGAAAGCCCAAUGACCGCCGAGAACGACAGUCCAGCGACAGCCGACGACGACAGCCCAGUGUCAGUCGCCGGAGAGGGACCAUCCAAUGGCGAGUGUGAUGACCCAGGGAUAGCCGAGGACUACUACCGAGGGAAGGAGAGUGACAGCCCACUGACUAGCGAUGGCGAGGGCGAAAGCACACCCAUCGUCGAGGGUGACAGCACACCCAACGUCGAGGUUGAUACCUCAGCAACUGACCACGGCGAAAGUGCAUCAAGCAACGAGUGGGACAGAGCAGCAACCGACGUAGGAGAGAACAUGGCCAAGGUCGAAGGUAACAGUACAGCGAACGCCGACAACGACAAUCCAGUGACCGCCGACAAAAACAGUCCAGCGACAGCCGUCGACGACAACCCAGAGGCAGUCGCCGGAGAAGGACCAUCCAGUGGCGAGUGUGACGGCCCAGCGAUAGCCGAGGACCACAGCCCAGGAAAAAACGACAGCGAAAGACCACAUACAAGCCAUGGCGAUGUGGACAGCACAACCAACGUCGAGGGUGAAAUCUCAGUGACUGUCCACGGCGAAAGCGCUGCAAGCGGCGAGUGCAACAGAGCAGCGACCGACGACGGAGGGAACAUGGCCAAGGGCGAGGGUGACAGCCCAGCGAAAGCCGACGGCGAGAGCCCAGUGACCCCCGACAACGACAGUUCAGAGAGAGCCGUCGUCGUCAACCCAGAGACAUUCGCUGGAGAAGGACCAUCCAAUGGCGAGGGUGACGGCCCAGCGAGAGCCGAGGACCACAGCCCAGGCAAAAACGACAGCGAAAUACCACUGACCAGCGAUGGCGUGGGGGACAGCGCGCACACACACACUCACUCGCCGGUGAUACUUUUCUCGGCGACGUCAUUCUGUGCGCUGUCGCCCGCUGACCAGCGAAGGCGAGAGCGACAGCGCAUGCAACUACGACGGCGAGAACAAAAUCACCGGCGAGUGGGUGACCGCCCAGCGAUAGCCGAGGACCACAGUCCAGGCAAAAACGACAGCGAACGCACACUGACCAGCCAUGGCGAGGGCGACAGCACACCCAACGUCGAGGGUGAUAUCUCAGCGACUGUCCACGGCGAAAGCGCUGCAAGCGGCGAGUGCAACAGAGCAGCGACCGACGACGGAGGGAACAUGGCCAAGGGCGAGGGUGACAGCCCAGCGAAAGCCGACGGCGACCGCCCAGAGAACGCCGACGGCGACAGCCCAGUGGCCCCCGACAACGACAGUUCAGAGACAGCCGUCGACGACAACCCAGAGACAUUCGCUGGAGAAGGACCAUCCAAUGGCGAGGGUGACGGCCCAGCGACAGCCGAGGACCACAGUCCAGACAAAAACGACAGCGAAACACCUCUGACCAGCGAUGGCGUGGGGGACAGCGCACACACACACUCGCAGGUGAUAGUUUUCUCGGCGACGUCUUUCUGUGCGCUGUCGCCCGCUGACCAGCGAAGGCGAGGGCGACAGCGCAUGCAACUACGACGGCGAGAACAAAAUCACCGGCGAGUGGGUGGCCGCCCAGCGAUAGCCGACAGCAACAGCCCAGUGACCCCCAACAACGACAGUCCAGCGACAGCCGUCGACGACAACCCAGAGACAUUCGCUGGAGAAGGACCAUCCAAUGGCGAGGGUGACCGCCCAGCGAACGGCGACAGCGACAGCCCAGUGACCCCUGACGACAGUUCAGCGACAGCCGUCGACAACCCAGAGACAUUCGCUGGAGAAGGACCAUCCAAUGGCGAGGGUGACGGCCCAGCGACAGCCGAGGACCACAGUCCAGACAAAAACGACAGCGAAACACCUCUGACCAGCGAUGGCGUGGGGGACAGCGCACACACACACUCGCAGGUGAUAGUUUUCUCGGCGACGUCUUUCUGUGCGCUGUCGCCCGCUGACCAGCGAAGGCGAGGGCGACAGCGCAUGCAACUACGACGGCGAGAACAAAAUCACCGGCGAGUGGGUGGCCGCCCAGCGAUAGCCGACAGCAACAGCCCAGUGACCCCCAACAACGACAGUCCAGCGACAGCCGUCGACAACAACCCAGAGACAUUCGCUGGAGAAGGACCAUCCAAUGGCGAGGGUGACGGCCCAGCGAUAGCCGAGGACCAAAGCCCAGGCAAAAACGACAGCGAAACACCACUGAUCAGCGAUGGCGUGGGGGACAGCGUAAACACACACUCAUCGGUGAUAGUUUUCUCGGCGACGUCGUUGUGUGCUCUGUCGCCCGCUGACGAGCGAAGGCGAGGGCGACAGCGCACACAACUUCGUCGGCGAGAACACAAUCACCGGCGAGUGUGA